UGUUAACUACAGAAACGUCAGUUGUGUACGGAAGACUGCUUUGCAAAGCUAGAAGCCGCGGUUGAAUUUUCUGUGAGACACAUCUUCCAAGAGCAUUCACCCAGCUUGUCCAGCAGAAAACAGAAAAACGCUGUAUAAAGCUUAUUUUGUGUGUGUGUAUGUGUUGAUUGCAUUUACUGAAGAUAAAAAAUAAGUAUGGAUUUUCUGACACAAUUGCCAAUCGAAUCCAACAGCAAAACUAUCUUCAUUGCUUUGCUUCUGGUCUUUGUAGCUCUUCUUUACUGGUAUUCAGUUUUUCCUUAUACUCAGCUUGAAAGGAUUGGUGUUAAACAUCCAAAACCAUGGCCUUUUUUUGGUAAUAUUUUCAUCUUUCAAAAGGGCUUUUGGGAUGCCCAUCAGGAACUUAUAAGAAAGUAUGGUAGAGUAUGUGGGUACUAUUUAGGUCGUCGACCUGUCAUCGUGGUUUCUGAUCCUGACAUGAUUAAACAAAUUCUAGUUAAAGACUUUAGCAACUUUCCUAAUAGAAUGCAUUUCAGAAUGACUACAAAACCUCUGAGUGAAAGCAUUAUCCUACUUCGUGAUGAGAGAUGGAAAAAAGUCAGAAGUGUUCUGACUCCAACAUUCAGUGCAGCAAAAAUGAAGGAGAUGGUUCCAUUGAUAAACAUAGCUGCUGACACACUGGUUGAAAACUUGAAGGUUUAUGCUGACUCAGGUCAAAGCUUUAAUAUUCAUAAAUGUCUGGGCUGCUUCACCAUGGAUGUCAUUGCCAGUGUAGCAUUUGGUACCCAAGUGAACUCACAGAAAAAUCCAGAAAACCCCUUCGUGAAACAUGCUCAAACCUUUUUUUCUUUCACGUUUUUUCGACCUUUGGCAAUGAUAUUAAUUGCCUUUCCAUUUCUUAUUUCUCCUUUGAUUUGGAUUGUUCCAAACAAACGAAGGGACAACCUGAAUAAUUUCUUCAUCAGUUUCAUCAAGAACAUUAUCAAAGAGCGAGACAACCAGUCCCCCAAUGAGAGACGUAGAGACUUCCUUCAGCUAAUGCUUGAUGCCCGGAAUAGCACUGAAUGUGCCAGCCUUGAAAAUUUUGAUUUAGUUCACCACACUGAUGACAUAUCUGGAGAUGUUCAAACAACUACAGCAUCAAAGAAAGUUCAAAAGACAACCCUGACUGAAAAUGAAAUUAUGGGACAAGGAUUCAUUUUCCUGUUAGCUGGCUAUGAAACUACUAGUAGCACACUGGCAUUUGCUUGUUACAUGUUGGCAAUUUAUCAAGAUUGUCAGAAGAUGGUAAUAAAGGAGGUGGAUGAUUUUUUUAGCAGACACGAAGUUCUGGAUUAUAACAAUGUGCAAGAGCUGCCUUACCUAGAUCAAGUGAUUUCAGAGACUCUGCGAUUAUUUCCACCUGGAUUUAGGUUUGCCCGUGAUGCUUCUCGUGAUUGCGUUGUGAAUGGUCAGUUCAUUCCCCGAGGUGUAACUAUUGAGAUUCCUGCUGGAUAUAUACAUUAUAACCCUGAGUAUUGGCCAGAGCCAGAAAAAUUCAUACCAGAAAGGUUUACACAAGAAGCCAAGGCCAAAAGGCACCCCUUUACAUACCUCCCGUUUGGAGCUGGGCCCAGAAGUUGUAUAGCAAUGCGUUUGGCACUGCUUGAGGUGAAGAUAGCCAUGGUUCGUCUUUUACAACAGUACACCUUUGAAACAUGUCCAGACACCAAGAUUCCUGUUGAAUUAAAGUCCAGUUCGACUCUUGCACCGAAAGAUGGGAUUUUUCUAAAAAUUGUUCACAGAUAUAAGUAAGAAUGAGAUAAGUGAAGGAACAAGAGAAUUUCAGUCAAUCCUUCAUUGUGUAGCUAGUCAUAGAUAGCACAAAAUAAUUUCUCGUCCUAGUUUCCUUUAUUUAUCUUCCAGUUUAAAACUCCUGCAUUCUGACUAUAUGUUGUUAGAAAACUUCUUUAAAUUUGUAGACAAUACACUGUGUGCACAAUUAUUAGGCAAGUGAGUAUUUUGACCAUAUCAUCAUUUUUAAUGCGUAUAUUCCAAC